AUGCGUAUCAGACCUGUGCUGCAGAUUUCAGAGCAUCUCACGAAGGCUAACAGCUAUCGGCAGCAGUUGCUGGCUCAAAGCACAGUCGGAUCGGAGUUCUUCCAUGGCUCCAUGCUAAGAGAAGCAGAGCUCUCUGCGGAUGCCCGCAGAGAACUGCUGCCAUGUGCAGUUCCCGCAACAGGGCAGGCUGAUGCUCCAGAAGAUGCUGCGGGCUUCCUGUCCAGGUACACUUUCUGGUGGGUCUUCCCAAGUAUUCGUGCAGCCAAUCAGAGAGCCCGUCUGGCGCAGGAAGAUCUGCCAAAGCUGCCGAGCAUCGACGACCCGGAGUUCCUCUUUUGCAAGGUAGCGAGCCUGUGGCGAUCGGCCAGGGGCAAGAGUGCACGCAUCCUCUGCUCAGUAUGCUGGAGAAUCCAGUGGCGAGUCUUCCUGUAUUCCGUGCUGCAUGGUUGGACUUUUCUCUUCUUUAUGACCAUCGAUCCACUGAUGCUCCGUGUGCUGCUGAACGCAGUGCAGGACGGGAGCAAAGAAGUUAGCUUCCCGGUGCAGCUCUGCCUGGUCGGCGCACUGAGCCUUUCAAUGCUAGUACGUGUCACCUGCAUGGAAGUCUGUUUCUUUGCCUCUGUUCGCGUCCAGAACAAUGUCCGUUCGGUACUGGUGCAUGCGAUUUUUCGCAAGUCACUCUGCGUACCAGAUCACGAGCUGGAUGUCGGGCGCAUUUCCAACCUCAUGGCCACAGACGCAGACAAGAUCGGCAAGUGGUCCUCGUUGCUUUUUUCCCUGUCACAGUGGUCUUGGACAUUCGCUUCGUUGCCCUUUCUCGUCUACUUCCUCUACAAGCUGGUGGGCUCUGCUGCGUUCAUUGGCACAGCGAUGGUGGUGCUGGGGGCCGCCAUCUCGCGUGGCCUGGGGAGAUGUCUGCAAUCCUGGACAAAGGUGGUCCAAGAGUGUCGUGAUCACCGUGCCAGCUUGAUGAGCGAGAUGGUUCGGGGAAUCCGGACGGUGAAGCUCCAGGUCUGGGAGCCUGUAUGGCAGUCCCGUUUAUCUGCGGCGAGGAACGAGGAGAUGAAGGCAAUUGUUCGAGUUCGCAUCCUGGGAGCCUUCAACACGCUGGUUGGCUCUGUAUUGAGUGUUAUGGUGCCAGUGAGCAUCUUCGCCUGGUACACUGUUGUGAGCGGCGAGAGGUUGGAUGCUGCGACAGCGUUCACAACACUGGCUUGGAUCUCCACGCUACAAUGGUCCGUUCAGGCUUUGCCAGGUAUUUACCGCGCAGUGGCCAAUUUGAAGCCGAGCUUCGAUCGCAUCGACCGCUUCCUGACCGCUCCCAUUACCACCCAGACCCAGGCCGUGGACGAAGUGAAUGGUGCGGCAUCUGCACCGUGGCACGAUGAGCCCUGGCUGAGCGCAAGCUCUUUCCGAGGCCUUGCAGCUUGCACCGGCAUUGCCGUGGACGUCCAGAAUGCGGCUUUUGGCUACAGACACUGGGGUGCGAAUGCGACCAGCUUGGAGGAAACUUGCAUUUUGGAGCAGGUGAACUUCCAGAUUCCGAAGGGCAGCUUUGUAAUGAUUGCUGGGCCAGUCGGCAGCGGGAAGAGCACUCUGUUGGCUUCGUUGGCAUGCUCACGGCCUCCUCUUCGUGGCAAAUGUCACGUGAGUGGGCACAGGGCCUUCGUUUCGCAGAAACCUUUCCUCUUGAACGGCACGGUGAAAGAGAAUGUCCUCUUCGGACUCCCGCUGGAUGAAGACAAAUACGCAUCGGCGCUGCGCAUGGCAGCACUUGUAGACGAUUUAAGCAGCCUCUCAAACGGUGAUGCGACCCCGGUUGGUGAAAGCGGAGUGCCCGCCUCGCAGCAAGUCUGUUGUUGA